UAAUGCAAUGUGUUACAAUGGGAAAAACUGUUUAUAUUAUUAAUUAAUUUCAUGAUGUGAGAGCCCUAAAAGCUAAUGUAAAUUAAGGGAACAGUGCUUGUUUCUUGGUGCUUUGCACAUUUUGCCUUUAAAAUAUUGUACUUCCAGACUGUGGACAAUGCACACUCUAAGACCUGCCGAGGCAAUGGCUCCACUCAACUGUAACCAGUCAUCUGGAACUCCUCCUCAUACACCCGACAAAUCCAUCAGCUGCAGCAAUGCUGCUUCUUCUGAGCCUCCCAACUCUGUGACAUGUUCUUCAGACAACUUAGCUUUAGAUACUAAAUCUAAUACAGAAAAUAUUUCCUAUCUCAAAGUGAGUAAAAUGAAUGGCAUGCUAUCAGAAUCUUGUGAAGGGCAAGAAAGUAAUGAAAGAAGUCCUGGUGAUGGCUCUGAUCUCCCUAAUGGCCCAGUUGAGCACAGCUUAACAUCAUCAGCCAAGACUGAAGGUUUACCUGACUGGAAGUUGAGGGAUUACCUGCUGGAUACUCACUUACCAGACAGUAGGAUGUACUUAAAGUUGCCUGGGAUUAACAAUGAUCACGAUCAGUCUUCCUCCCUGCCAUCGAAAGAUCUCGUACCAAGCUCCAACUUCACACACUCCUUUCUCAAAUCAAUUUUGUCAUCAAUUGACAGCAAGGAUGCUGUGGUGGCCAAUGCUUGGUUGGAGACGUUGUUGGAUGUGAUGGAUCUCCUUCCCUGCGAUGUAAUUAAUGAGGAGAUUGUGCCUGUUGCUGUGAAGAAGAGCGAGUCACAGCACAUCUCGGACCGCUUGGCCUCAUGUAAAAUAAUUGGUCGUCUCUCAUCAAAAUUUGCUUCAAAUCAACUGCGUCAGGAAGUGUGUGGGGCGGUGCUGACGCUGAGCCAGGACGUUGGGGAGGAGGUACGAGCCGCCGUGUGCGGGGUGUUCGCUGGCGUGGCUGCAGGUCUUACACAAGACUCCAUCAGGGCUCAUCUCAUGCCCAGUCUCCUGAACCUCUGCUGUGAUGAUAAAGUUACCGUCAAGAUUGCUGCUCUGCAUGCAGUACUUGACAUCGUUCCCCAUGUUGAUCAUAAAGUCACGGUUAAGAUUGCUGCACUGCAUGCAGUUCUUGACAUUGUCCCUCAUGUUGAUCAUAAGACUAGACAGGACUCGGUGAUGCCGCUGCUGCAGAGUCUGUGUAAGCGCUGCCUCGGCUGCUGUGAUGUGACGCUGCCUGUGCUGGCUUACCUGCUCGGCCCGCUCUGCCACGCCCUGCAGGAUGACCUAGAGAAGGAAGAGAAAGUAUGGCUGCUGUCGCGGUAUUGCCAACUGUGUUCCAUCGGCCUGCCUGCUGACGAAGAUCGUUCCGACAAAGUGGUUGUAAGCGAAGAGGAGUUGGUGUCGCUGGUGCUGAGUGUGGAGGAGGGUGUGGCGAGGGAGUGUGGUGGCGUGUGGCGUCGUCAUGCUGACCUCCUGCACCACAUGGCCAGCCUCACUCUAUGUCUGCCUCCUGCCAUGUUGCUGCCUCGUCUCAUACCGAGAGUUAUGGACCGCAUGGUCACGGCCCGGGCGCUGCCGUGCCGGGUUGCUGCUGUGCGCUCGCUGCUGGUGUACCUGCAGCAGCUGGCGCCUCAGCAGCAGCGUCUUGUGGCGGCCAACACUGUGGCGGUUCUGUGCAAGAGCCGCAGCUGCCACCACCGGAUGCUCUACCUCACGCUCUGUGAGCUGAGCUUCAGCCUCCUGCCCGCCUCCCUCUUCUUGGAGUGCUUCAGCUCUGCCAUGCUGGCCCUACACUGUGACGCUGUCCCCAACAUCAGACUGCGGGUCGUGCAUCUUCUUCCUGCCUUCAAGUCCAUCCUGACGAUGCCCUCAGACACAGCUCGUCUCAAGUGUUUGGAGACGGCCGUGGGGCGUCUGCUGCUGACGGAGAGCGACCGCGACGUGCGGGACGCCGUGGAGGCGAGCAUCGCGGCCCUGGAGGCCGUACACGUGCGCCAGAGCUCAGCCUCGACCAGCUGCAGAACGUCGAGCGAUGGCUCUGCGCAUACUGACGCACAAGCGUUACUUGCUCCUGAUACUGAGAAUUGUGUUACAUCACCGAAACUGAGCUGUCAUGGUACGACUGGAGCGACUACAACCUCCCCCUGCCAUACCUCAUCUCGCACUGGGUCCUGCACAAGCGCGUCCUCGACUUGUCCCGACAGACAGAGCGACUCUGCUUGCCAGAUGCGCAACGAACCUGGGGCUAAGACCCAGAUGGUAACCAAAGAGAGGAAGAAUAACGACACCAAAUCGCUUAUGAAUUUUUCUGAUAACCACGAACAAACCCUGAGCAGAGAUCCAGCAAACGCUGUCUUACGAAACGAACAUUCCAGAAAAAAUGAUGCUAAUGACGAUGUAAAGUCAAGGUUUAAUAAAAAUCAAGAUCGAAAUGAAGAGUUUGGCAAGCGUAACCCUAGUGGCAUCCCACGUAUUGCGGGACUAGAGCAUCAGGACCUCAAAUGUGGCUCGCCUUCUUCUAACAGACGCCUGAGUGCCGUCGUACCGCCCCCUACACGACCUCCUGACUCGUCCACCGUCUUGCGCCUGUCGUCCCUCGACCCUGCCGCUGACGAGUUUAUCGUGGACACAGGCGUUCGCAUGGACGAGUCGGUCCUCCGGUCACGCUUACCCACUCCUAUGUCCCUCGUUUCCCCGCCCGCGCGAGUCCCUUUUUCGCGUACACUUUCCUCGUCAGCUUUCUCCGCCUUCACAAACAUGAAAGACCUCAAGUCAUGUUCGUCGCGCCUUCGCCCACCCACACCUUCUAGCUUGAGAGAUGUUUCGACGGACACUCCUUUUGUCCGUAAUGGUGCAGAUGGCACUUCACGUCUUAGGUCGUCUGCGAGGUGCAUGCGGCCCGUGUCAGCUGCUGGGGGAUCUUCUUCUUCAUCCAUUACUGGCAAAAAGUCCGUGAGCCACGAAAACCUCCGCCUUGAUGGUCGUACCAACUCGCUCAUGGAGAUGACGGGUAUACCGCGUUCCGAGUCCCACCUCGCUCCUGCUGGGAAGGACUUCGCUCAGAGCCCCAAAAAUAGCAGCCGGAUCAAGCCCCCUAGCAAAUAUAAUUCUUCUGUAGAGAAUAACCAUCAUUCUCACUCCUCUAGUUCUUGUUCUUCAUCUUCAUUGAAUAGUUGUGGACGUUAUUCCAAGCCCACUGUAUACUCGAGCCCAGAUAACAGCUGCGACCCUCAGCGACCGAAGUCCUCAGGCUUGUACUCAAAAACACCUGCAAGCAGUAAACAUUCCUCUUCAAGACCCAGCAGCAGCUGCUCCUCACCGGGGACAUCGCGCAGCGUGUCGCCCGUCCAGCCGUUCUCGCGGUCGUCCACGCCUGGUGGCGAGGGCGCGUCCCCUCGAGACGACGACGACGACAAACUUUCUCUCACGAGUCCCGUUGACGGAGGGGCUAAAGGUGGAGGUACAGCUGCGCGACGAAGCUGUACCUCCACCAGCAAACUCCCGCUCCCAAAGAAUAAGCAGCGCUAAACGAUAAUUUCUUAAGUUUUGCAAACGUAAAGAGAAUGUAUUUUUAAACUUGGCCAAAAAACUUUACUCGUGAAUUGCCGCGAGUGAUUCGUUUAUCAAG